AACCUCAGCUGGCACAUGGUGGGAGGCAAUUCUGGUCCUGGAAUGCAGGAUGAUCGGUCUAGUGAUAAUCUAACAUUCAGCGGGUCAUCGAGCAGAUCCCGAGAGUAUGCGAGAUCACUUAAUAACAGGAUUCAACUUGAAUAUCAGAGGGAGGGGAAGGCAAAACAGAAAAAGUAAAAUUGAAAAAAAAAGAUCUCAUAUUCAAAAAUGGACAAAAUCAAGAAAUGAAACAAAGAGGUCCUCUCCAAAUCCAGGGACCAGCUGGCCUGAAGCCGCAUCCCUGCCAAAACCCUCCCGGGGCCUGUUCUUUCACAAGCCUUAUUCUCAUGAAGAACCCACCACAUAGUGGUCUCCCUAUAAUGAUAACUGACCAGGGUGUUCAGGGCGAGAAACCCAAACCCUCCACUUCAUCAUUCAUUCAAUCCCACUUCCCAUCACAUCACUUGUCGCUUCACGUUUCCUCCGCAUGGAAAGCCCCAACUGCCGCGUGCAGUCACCACGCCUUCCGUCACAGUCACUGUGCGACACAAACAGUUGCGUCGCCGACUGACUCGUCAUGCUGGAUACAAUUCUGCAUGGCGGUGGAGGUUAGGUCGAGACGGUUGUUGCGAUCCGGACUGCUUUCUUUUCUUUUUCUUUUCCUUCUUUGCUUUUUCUGCCUUUCUGGUAUGCUCAGGGCUUGACCAGGCUCUGGGAGAUGGAAAUAUGCUUCACCGUGACGGCUUGGCGCGGCCUGUGGCUGUUUCUUUCUUUGUUCUUGUUCUUGUUCCUGGUUUUGCGCUCGACUUGUCCGUCACUCAGGGUGAAAGUGGUAAUGGUAGAUAGAGAAGGUAA